UACAUCUUGAGUUUAUUUUAGAAUACAUUAAUUAAUGAAUAUUGUUCUUUUUAGUUUUCAUAGGAUUCUAGUUUGAGACCUUGAAUAACCAUGCCUGUUCCAGAUGUUAUGUUCUGUGCACAGCAGAUUCAUGUUCCACCUGAACUGCCAGAUAUUAUGAAACAAUUUACCAAAGCAGCUAUCAGGACUCAACCACGUGAUGUUCUCCAGUGGUCUUAUGGGUACUUCUAUGCUUUGUCAAGAGGAGAGCCUCUUCCUGUAAAAGAACGUGUUGAAAUGCCAAUUGCCACACAGAAAAAUGAUACUGGUUUGACCCCUGGCCUCCUUAAAGUUUUGCAUAAACAGUUAUAUCAAAAGAAGACUGUGGAUUUAAUAGAUCUCCAUAAAAAGUGGAAGACUUUGUGCUUACCAGCAGAACAACUGCGCAAUCUUCUUCAUUUAGAUACCUUUGCAGAUGGAGUAGAAUGGAUGAAAUUUUUUGCCCUUUGCUGUAGUGCUCUUGGUGGGACCCUGCUCAGUUCGAUGAAGCAUGCGUGUGAAAUUCUGACGCAUGAUCCAGAGGGUGGACCAGCACGUAUUCCAUAUGUUACUUUUCACUUUCUCUACACCUACUUGGCUAGCUUAGAUGAUGAAGUAACAGAGGAAGUAUCGGAGUCUUUUCUCAAGUCUCUUAAAGAACAAGCGGCACGGAAGGACUAUAUGGUUGGCACCGCAGAUUUCUCCACUGUAAAAUUGAUGCCUUAAAACAGGAAUAUUUGAGAGUAACAAAUUUUUAGUACAUAGCACAAUGUCAUGUUGAAUAGUGUAAAAAAAUUAGAGUUUUCAUUAAUGUAAUCUCUAAUGUGCUUUUCAGUUUGUGAACUACCAAUAAAAUGUGUACUACCUAAUUGUCUGAAGUCAGAUCAUGGUAUUUUAUGAAUAUUAAUUACUCCUUCAACAAGCAGUAUUUAGAGUAGAAAAUCUAAUCAGUAAGCAGAUAAUUGAAUGGAGAUUUCUAUUUCCAGAGUCAACCUGGCUAUGCCAUCCAUUCAGUGAAGAGACCAUCGUAAGUAAUGUAGUAU